AUGCAAUCCUGGCUGGCGUUGAUCUGGUUCCUCCUUCUAUGUAGCAGUCCAUUCGGACUGGUCAAGCUCGGCGAAGUAGGCGCGACGACUCCUCCGACAGCGCGCGACGGACGCGACGGUGGAGGGCUCGCUGGUCUCCGCAGACGUUCGACGGUCGGGCAACACGUCUUCGUCGACUCGCUUCCUAUGGGACGGACAGGAUUCGACGUUCCCAGUAUACUACCUUUGAUUGUUACUUCAUCUUCUCCGAACGUGGAGGAAGAUGAAGACGAUGACCAUCCCGACGGCAUACCGCAUCACCUGUCGGCGAAGUACGAUCCGGCCCGUUCGUAUUCCACACCACGGAGUGGACCGACCGCUGCAACGGAUUUGCGUGACUACGAUUCCGUCUUUGAAAAACCAUGUAUCUUUGUCACAACAUUCUUAACAUGUGCGGAUUACUUUUCCGUUGAGGAAGGACUUGACCAUGCGGUGUUUUGUUCACCCGACGGAAUUUGCGGUGGGAAGGGGGCCGCGUGUGGGGCCAAUCAAGCUUGUGCUCGAGGUGAGUUGGUUCCUGCUCACGAGCCUUCAACUGAAGAAAGUGCCUUCACUGAAAAUAUAACUCCGUCGUUCCAGGCCUUACUUGCGACUACCAAAAACACCGCUGCGUUGCUCUAACCCGGACGAGACUAUCCCGGACCCAAGCGAGGAUUGAAAAUAGGAGAAAGUCAGCCGCAGCAUCGUGCCCCCCAGGGAGCGAGAUCUGUCCAAACGGUGCGGGAGGGUUUCAGUGCGUUUACACCUCAAGUGAAACGACCGAGUGUGGGGCAUGUCUCGCAAUGGGAGGUCGGGAUUGUCAUACGAUCCCACAUGCACUGGCGACGAGUUGUAGGAAUGGGGAUUGCCUCGUUCGUGAGUGAUGGAUAGGGUUCGAUUUGAUCGAACUUGAGCAGAGCUCGAGCCAUUUCAAACCUUUUCUUGGUCUUGCAGAUGCGUGCUUCGAUGGAUUCGAGCCUUCGGCGGAUGGGGAGAAAUGUCACGAGGUGCAUGGAGACGGGAAGAUUUCUCGGGCGGAUUCAGACCGAAUGAGCUAA